UUAGAUGAAGAUGACUCUCUUCGCAGCGGUCGGUAGUAGCACCAGCAAUUGAGCAAAACCCAGUCAGACUCAGAGGAGCGUAAACCUAGAAAUAAAAAAAAAUGGCGACAAGUUUCGUGUGCAGGGCAUCGGCAACUAAUCAGACCUUAAGCUUCUUCAGAUUGUCUUUCAACUUCCUCAAAAGCUUCAGCACUUCUGCUCCCUCCGAUAAUGCCUCUUCCACUUCCUCGGCUUCCAAGAAACCCAACCGAAAAAAGAAGAAGAACUUGUUCGAGGUUGCUCAGUUUUUGCCCAAUUGGGGAAUCGGUUAUCACAUGGCUAAAUCUCAUUGGAAAAACGUCUCUUAUGAGAUUACUAAGAUCAAUCUCUACAAGGAUGGUAGGCAUGGAAAAGCCUGGGGGAUUGCUUAUAAAGACGGAAUUCCUGCUGAUGCUCCAAAGAAGAUAAGUGGAGUUCAUAAGCGUUGCUGGCGAUACAUUCCAAGCUUAUCAAAAUCAUUGGAGAGCAAACCAAUGUCACCAAAAUCAACAGAAACUGUCCCAGAGAUUGAAGUUCAGACAGCUUGAUCCAUUUUCAUUUUUAAUGAGGACCUGCCUGACCAUAUGAACCUGGUGUCUUUUUUAGGGUUGAUAACUUGAGUUUAAGAAUUGCAUUUUUUGAAAGGGUUGUCAUUGGAUGUCUAGCGAUCUUGUAUCAAUUCUUUUCUGGAUGUAUUCGAUGCUUUUUUUCAUAAAAUCCUCAUUAGAUAGACAAACUCAAAACAAUAGAAACAUGAGUCUGCAGUCGCAAAUUUUGAACAUGCUAGUGUUAGCUCUUUGAGAUCUUGGAGUGAGAUUUUGAGUUUACUUUCUCUUAUAUUAAUAACUAGUGGAAUCUCGCUGAGCAAAUUUUGGGACUA